AUGGCUCUUGAUGACCUGCUGCUGUUCAUCGACCACAAGUCAAGACUCGUGCGGAUCGGUGCUUCUUCUGUGUUGGCAGGGCUGUCCGCAUCGAGGUCUGGCAGGCAGGCUCUGAUCGACUGUAAGGCUGAUGCUAUCGAGAAGAUAGUGAACAGGAUCAACGACGAUCACGAUGCAGCUCUCACAGCGAUCUUGGCGUCAUUGGUGAACCUCUGUGAGGAGGAGGAGGCAGCUGUCCGCGUGGCGAAGGCUGGGGCAGGGGAGAAGACCAUGAAGAAGAUUGUGAGUGCUCUUGAGGUCGGGACUCGUCUGCCUGAUGGAGCUCCAAAACUCCUCGUCAACAUCAGCAGAGUGUUUGAAGGCAGGAAGAGGAUGCUGGGCUAUGUGUCGGACGGGUCGAGCGAGGAGAGGAAGAAAGAGAUACUGCAGCUCCUGCAUCACUUUGAGGAGUCAAGGAAGCAGAAGGACAACGACUUGUCGUUCCUCGCUCUCUUCUUCGAGAACAUCUCGCAGGAGGUCAUGGGCGCUAACCUGCUCUGCGACGAGAACGAGGGCUUCAAGCUUGGGAUCGUGGCCAAGGGUCUGGCCGAAGACAACAAGGAGAGACAGCUCGGGGCUGCAGGCACGGUGAAGAACUGUGCCUUCUUCACGGAGCUGCACAGAGGAAUAGCAGAGCAUGCAGAAGUCGCCGCUCUGUUGGUACUGCCUCUGGUGGGAGAGUCAUCUAGCUUCGAGGACGACGAUAUGAACGGCAUGUAUGCCGGGCUGGCGUCCAAGUGCAGGAUCGGAGGGAAAAUCUCGGAUGACAAGGAGCUGCGGAGGAUGAUCUAUGAGGGUCUUCUCCUCUUCUGCAGGUCCAAGGAUGGAAGAGAAUUCCUGAGGAAGACGAAAGUUUAUCCGGUGAUAAGGGAGGUACACAAGUUUGAAGAAGCAUUUGAAAUACCCGAUGAAGACCACAUCGAGAUGAUCGAGAGGAUUGUUGAGCAAACCAUGCUGCUGGAUGAAGUUGAGGACGCUGUGGACUAA